AUGGAUCCCUCGAAACGUAUUUGCCUAAAAAACAUUCCUUUGGAUUGUACCAAGCGGGACAUAGCAGAAUUUGUCCGGAACCGCACGGGAGCCCAGCCGCAUAGCAUUGACUUGGGGCUUGACAGGGAAGGGCGUGUGCGCCGCUAUGCGCAUUUUUCAGUCGAGGGUGCGAAAAACGUCAUGUCGGUGCUCUCUGGUGCCCUCUGGCGUGAGGUGGAGGUCACAGCGCUCCCUGCAAAGCCGCACUACAUGUACCGUCUAGCCGAGGCGCGACGACAGCGUGAGCGGCAGGAGGCAGAGGAGCGGGCAUGCUUGGAGACAGCAUGGAAAGAAAGUACGGCGCGGUGGAUGCAGAAGACGGGAGGCGAGCUGCGGAGAGGAAAGCCGCCGAAGUCUUUUUACGCUACGAGGCAGCGCUACGGCGAGGUCGCAUCUGAAAUUGCAAGGAGGCUUCGCGAAGAGCAUCAGCGAAAACGCGCAGCGUACUCAACCAGAGAAGGGAAUGGCACAAAGGGCCGUCGUUAUCAGCGAGAGGAGGAAGGGCAGCAACAGCGCGAGAGAGAACCGGGGGUGGUAGCAGUCACGGCAGAAGUAGAAAGUGCCGCCAAUAGGCGUCCGCAGGAACGAGAACUGAACCGAAAUAAGUCCAAUCUGCAUUAUAAGCGCCCGCGUGACACGGGUGACGUCUCAGGAAAGAACGAGAAGAAACAAAAGAGGGAGGUCUCUGUUGAGGCAACUCAAAAGGAACACCAACAACCUACAGGGCCCUCGAAGGAAGAGAGGAAACUCUCAGGGCUGCAGGCGAUGUUGGCUGCCCUUCGUGCCAAAAUGAAGUAA